CACACAUUUCACUCUUAUAAAUGGCAUCGUCAAAUACAAAACCAGAUGCUCAAAUCUACAUCUGUAACCCUCUCUCUCUAUAUUCUACUGCCAGAUAAGAUUUUAAUUGUAAUUAAAAUUAUUUAAUUACAAUGCUACGCCGCCGCAUUCCAAUCCUCGCGCUCCUCUUCCUCGCCGUGAUUCCGGACAACGCCGCCGCCUCGUCGUCCAAGAGCCAGUUCCUGUCGGUGCAGAACGCGGCCAGGGCGGCGCUGCGCCUCCCGCCGCUGGCGUGGGAUCGGCGGAUGGCACAUUUCGCGGCGGCGUACGCCCGGCGGCGGCGCGGCGACUGCGAGCUGCGGCACUCGGGCGGGCCGUACGGAGAGAACAUAUUCUGGGGCAGCGGCGGAGCGUGGACGGCGGGGCAGGCGGCGGCGGAGUGGGUGGCGGAGCGGCGGGAGUACAGCUACAAGUCGAACUCGUGCGCGGAUGGGCGGCAGUGCGGGCAUUACACGCAGAUCGUGUGGAGGGAGACGACCAGGAUGGGCUGCGCCAGAGUCGUGUGCGACCGAGGCAAGGGUGUUUUCGUCAUUUGCAACUACAAUCCCCCUGGAAAUUACGUUGGCCAAAGGCCUUAUUGAUUAGUACUAACUUUUACGCUUCAAGUUUGUUAGUAGUACAUAUUUUCGGAGUAUCUGUUUUCAUUAUUUUUUUUUUCUUAGGAAAUAACGAUUAUAAUUAUUUGUAUGCAGAAAGAGACACCAUGUUGAUAUUAUGAUUAAGUGCAUCGUUGUGAGUCUCUUAUCCUCAAUAGUGGAGUAGUAUUAAUUUAUUUUGUGUUUUUUA